GCUUCCAUGCAUGGAAUUCUCCUCCAACUACAACACACAAAAACAAAGAUGGUAUAAAUAUAUAGAGUUAGAGAGAGAGUGAGUGAGAGAAAGGGGGGAAAUGAGGAGAGAGAAAUUGGAAAGAGUCUUUGGUUGAUGUUACAAUUGUUUAUCCUUCGUAGGCUGCCGCUGCUGCCUCUGCUGCUGCUUAUGGUUUUUAUUUUUUUCUUCUUUUCAUGGAUGACCCAUCUUAUCAAAACCUUUGAAUUUUCCUUACAUUAAAUCCUUGGAGCAGAAAAGGAUUUUUUUUUUUUUUUGGUUUGCAGCAUUUAAUAAAAAGGGGUUCUUUAGGUUUCUGUAGUUGAGAAAGGGAGAUUACAUGGAUAUGGAAUUUUAAGAGGCUGCUUUCCUUAAAGUUCUGAUCUUUUUUAACUUGCCCAAAAACUGUCACUUCUGACUUGUAGUUUUUUUCCAAUCCCUUUUGUGUUUGCUCAGCAGAAUUCCCAAGUUAAGGACUUUGUGAUCUGUGUCCCAACCCCACUUGCCAGAUUUUGUUCAACUUUGUGAUCAAUUGAUGAUGCUGCAUUGCUCCCUGAUUCAAGGUUUUUAGUUGCUUCAUUCAUUUGGGUUCUGUCUUCUGGUCUCUUUUUUUUUCUGCUCAUCCCGAAUUUGCCGAAACUGCUGUUGAACACUGAAAAUGGAGGAUCAGGACUCAAAGUUUGUGUGCAAGUGGUGUGAUAAGAAGUACCCUUGUGGGAAAUCACUUGGCGGUCACAUGAGGUCUCAUAUAAUGGCUCUUUCAUCAGCUGAAUCAGAGCAAAGGGUUGAGGCCAACAUGAAAAAGUUGCUGUCUUUGGAGGAGCAGAGGGUUGAUAAUGGUUCCCAAUCUGGCGGCUAUGGUCUUAGGGAGAAUCCCAAGAAGACCUUCAAGGCUGUUGAUGCAACUUUCCCUAUGCCUCAAGAGAAGGUUUGCAAGCAAUGUGGUAAAGGGUUUCAAUCAUUGAAAGCUUUGUGUGGUCAUAUGGCUUGUCACUCUGAGAAAGACAGGGGUUUGAAGGAUGAUCACUCAUGGACAAGUGAGAAUCCGAAGCUGAUUAUGGAUGAUAGUGAAGAAUCAGAUACUGAAGCAGAAGCUGAAGCUGAGGAGGAGGAGGACGACGAGGAGGAGGACGAGGAGGAGAACAGGCUGCUGAGGAACAGAUCAAAGAAUAAUAAGAGGUACAACAGAAUUGUAAUUAAAACUUCUUCAAUGUCAUUUGCUAAUAAUAGUUCAUCUUCUGCUUCUGAGAUUGAUGAUUUUGAUCAAGAGGAAGUAGCUAUCUGUUUGAUGAUGCUGUCUAGGGAUUCGGGUACUUGGGGUGGUGUGAAUUCAGUUGUAGAAUCUUCUGAUAACAAUUCAGUGGUUUUAGAGACUAAAUCGUCUUCUAUCGAUAUGCGAACUGGAAGAAAAGAUAGUUUACAGUUUGUUCAUAGUCGGGAUGAUGAGGUUCGUGAGACUAAGAAGUUAGAGAGUAGUAAGUUAAAAUGUAGUAACUUGGAUGCUGAGGUUGUUGAGCCAGAGAACUCUGAUUCUGGUUACUUUUUAGAUGAAUAUAUAAAGCUUGAAUCGGAUGCUUCUGUUGAUGGUCGGCAUAGGAACGGUUCUGCUUUCAUGGACAGCAGCAGCAGGCCUAAAGCAAGUAUAGGAGCUAGGUGCGAGGAGACUCUUGCAGCUAUUAGGAAGGGGUUUAACAAAACUAAGAGUUACAAAUCCGAGUUAAAAAAGCAAGUAGGCAGGGACAAUGGAAAUGAUUCUUCCAGUUUUUACUCGAAGUUGGCAGAGUAUGAAGCAAGACAGAAAAGUAAGGAUAGUUAUGAGGAUGUGGAAAUGAUGAAUGAUUCCUGCAGGAAGAGAAGACACGGUAGUUCAGAUGUUCAACAAUCGAAGAAUACUAACAAGAGGAGCAAAUAUGAGUGCUUAAACUGCAAGAAGACUUUCAAUUCUUAUCAGGCUCUUGGAGGACAUCGACCCUGCCACAAACGAAACAACACCUAUACUGAAUCAAGAUAUGAAACCGGUGAGAACAGUUUCGAUGGUGAUGAUUCUUUUAAAGAUAUACCUAGUAGGAAGCUAGGAGAAACUCUCAGCAGCAGAAAGGCGAUUGCUAAGAAAUUGUCAUACAAUGCAGAGAAAAAGUUGAAGUCCAAGAAAUCUAAGGGUCAUGAGUGUCCAUUCUGUCACAGAAUAUUCAAGAAUGGCCAAGCUCUGGGUGGUCACAAGAGGUCUCAUUUCCUUAAUGGUGGUAAUGGUGGUGGUGGUGGUAGCGGUGUUGCUGGGGGUGGGGGUGGGGCUGUUGUUGAGGUCAAUAACAAUCCACCACCUGUGUUCAAGGCAGAAUACCCUGAACUAAUUGAUCUAAAUCUUCCGGCGCCUUUAGAAGACGAGGGCGAUGACCAGUUUAUGCCUUGGUAGGUUUUGUAGUUUUACAGCAUGACUCAUGGUGAACUGAUCUCUGAAUUCAGAAGUUCUCUUUGAUAGAGCUUGUGGAAGGUUUAGGAGUGUACAGACAGAUUGGUGGAUACCGUUUUGCAUUAUGCUCUUUUCGCUGAUAUCGAAGAUAUCAUUUAGGAUGCAGUGGCCUUUCUCCUCCUCCAGCUAGAAGAAGGCAUCAGUUUUCCCCCCAUUUCAUUCCAUUUUUUGCAGGUUCCAAAGAUGCAGCCAUUUUUUUACCCCCAUUCCAUUAAUCUGUUCCGACUGUUCUUUGUCCAAUUGGGACAUGAUUGUUAUUAACAAAUUUCUAUCAAAUUUUGGGUAAGUGAACUUGAUGGAUUACAAAAUGCAUUUAAACUAUAAUGUGGUUUAUUGUCUUUGUCAUCACA